CCCAUCAGCGACCUAACAGAAUGAGACUCCCCACUCCUCAUCGUCAUUGAGCAAGCACGCGCAGAUCGCAAAGCAGCGCCUUUAGGGGAAGAAGAGGGACUCGCACAUGCGCACUCCCCUUGGAAACCUCGUCUCUCCAGUGGAAGUGCACACCUUCAACCUCUUUAAAUGUUGCUCCUGUGAUUUCCAGCGCCAUUGCAUUCUUUGUGCAACAUGGAACCUCAUGUGUUGCUCCAGCUGCUGAAACUACAUCUUGAAGUUUUGGUUGCUGUACUCCAUUCAACCAUCAGCCAAUGUAAUGCAUAUCUGUUCAGUAUCCGAAGGCGGCAGAGGAGGAGACUACUGAUAGGCCGGGCAAUUCAGAACCAUAUUUUGAGGACUAGACGUGUCAUCCAGAGGAGGAGAAGCUCCAGACAUAUGGUUCCUAUUGUCACCUUGCUGGAAAGUGGACCAAAAUUACGGCGCUGGUGGGUCUGUCCCACUAAGCAGCAUUGGUGGGAGCGUUCUAUGCUUGGAACCUGGGAUGAUGAAAGGUGGAUUGAGAGUUUCCAAAUGAGCCGAGGCACCCUCUUUGAAAUUGCAGACAUACUCCGACCCCAGCUCCAGAGGCAGAGAACCAUCAUGCGAGAAGCCAUCCCUGUUGAGAAGCGGGUGGCUAUAGCUGUAUGGUGGCUUUCUAAUCUGAAAUGCUAUCGUGAAGUUGCAGCACAGUUUGGAGUUGGGAGGUCAACAGUGGGAGAGAUUGUUCUGGAGGUGUGCUUUGCCAUCAAGCAUCUGCUUGUCCACCAGACAAUUUACUUGGGUGACUACUGGAAGAUCAUGGAUGGUUUCAGGGAGAUGGGGUUUCCCCACUGCGUUGGUGUCAUGGACUUGACACAUCUGUCCAUAAUAGCUGCUACAGGUCAGGGAGAUGAGUGCAACAAACCCAAGAAUUUCUGUUCCAUUCUACUUCAAGGGACAACUGACCACACUGGCCGUUUUACUAACAUUGAAGUAGGAUGGAGUGGGAAAAGCCAUGAUGAUGUGUUGAUCUUCCGUAAAUCUGCACUGUGCCAGGCCAUGGAUGAGGGCACUUUUGUUCCAGGGAACCCAACUAUCAACAUCCAGGGUGUGGAGAUUCCACCACUAAUACUGGCUGACAGCACCUAUCCUAUGCAGAAGUGGCUCAUGAAACCAUAUGGAGACCCCCUGGAUCAGAGGAAGACCAUCUACAACAGCACUUUCAAACUUUGUCACAGUGUUGUUCAGCAGGCCUUUGGGAGACUGAAGGCAAGGUGGAGAUGCCUCACUGCUAGGCUGCCAGUGGCAGAGGAGAAUGUUGUGGCAGUCGUCACGGCAUGUGUUGUGCUGCAUAAUAUUUGUGAGACAAAGGGACAUGCAGUGCCAGAUGGUCCGGACAUUACUGAGCAUGUACUGUUGGCAGCAUAUAAUGAGGACUACCAUUCUUAUGAGAACAGCGAUGAAACAGGAGGUGAGGAAGUGCGCAGUGCAAUCACACAUUACCUUGCAGGAAAUACGGAAUGCUAACAUUAGGACUCUUUUCAUACUUACGUUUGGUUUGUUCUACAUUCAUUUUGUAAAUAAAAUGGCC